AUGGCGCCCAGUGCUGUAGCCCCAACACCAGUGCCCAUCCAUGAAAUCAGACCCAAAUCGGUCCAUAACAGCAUGGACUCGAUGCAGUCAUUGCCAAACACAUCCAAAAAGGUUGCAAGUUAUCGAGGAUAUGACCAUGUUGCGUGGUGGGUAGGAAACGCCAAACAGGCGGCAGCAUUCUAUGUCUCUCGGAUGGGUUUUGAAAGAAUUGCAUACCGUGGUCUGGAGACGGGGUCGAGAGUGGUGGCCUCGCAUGUUGUCCGCAACGGGGAUGUUGUUUUCGUACUCAGUUCGCCGCUGCAUGGGCCUGACUCCAAGGUCCCCUGGCUGUCUGACGACGAUCGAGCUCUUUUGAAGGAGAUGCACGAUCAUCUGACUACCCAUGGGGACGCUGUCCGCGACGUUGCCUUUGAAGUUGACGACGUUGCUGCUGUAUACGACGCUGCCGUUGCGAAGGGAGCUUAUCCUGUUGCAGCACCAGCAAGCACGAGCGAUGACUUUGGGACCACGAAGACAGCAUCCAUCAGAACAUACGGAGAUACCAUUCAUACCCUUAUCGAGCGACAAAAGUAUCAAGGGGCUUUCUUACCUGGUUAUCGAGCCGUGACAGAUGUCGACAAGACGGCCAAAUACCUUCCGUUGGUCGAUUUGGCCGUGAUCGACCAUUGCGUGGGGAACCAAGAUUGGGACGAAAUGGAGGCCGCUUGCGAGUACUAUGAGAGAACACUGGGCUUUCAUAGAUUCUGGUCGGUGGACGACAAGGAUAUCUGCACCGACUAUUCCGCGCUGAAGUCGGUCGUGAUGGCCAGUCCGGACGAGAAGAUCAAGAUGCCAAUUAACGAGCCUGCCAAGGGCAUCCGGAAAUCCCAAAUAGAGGAAUACAUCGACUUCUAUAACGGCGCAGGUGUCCAGCAUAUCGCGCUGAGAACCGACGACAUCAUCACCACAGUCACCAACCUCAAAGAGAGGGGGAUCGAAUUCAUCAGCGUUCCAGAUACUUACUACGAAACGAUGUCGAAGAGGCUAGAGAGCGCCGGCAUGAAGUUGAACGAAGACUUUACAGCUCUGAAGAAGCUCGGGAUCCUCAUCGACUUUGACGAGGGCGGGUAUCUGCUGCAGCUGUUCACCAAGCACUUGAUGGACAGGCCGACAGUGUUUAUCGAAAUCAUCCAAAGGAACAACUUUUCGGGGUUCGGGGCGGGGAAUUUCAAGGCUUUGUUCGAGGCCAUUGAGAGGGAACAGAUGGCGCGUGUUUCUGCACGCGCCUCAACCAGCAAUGCAGCUACACACGCAGAAGCAGCAGCAGCAGCGAUACGCGCGGAUAUCGCGUCGAGAAAGACAGACCAGGUGGUAGACCAACUGUGUGAUCGCUCUGCAAAGCCCUGGGGAGACCAACAUAGCUCACGGUCUGCGCAGGACGAUGGCCAUCCCGACCGACAACGCGUCCAGAAACUGGAGGCCAGGAUGGAGCAGAUUGUGGACGCAGUCAAUACGCUUGUGGAGCUCCAAUCGGGACAGUCGUCGGCCAGACUCCAUGGGACUUCGACGCCGCAACUCAGCGCCUCGUCCAUUCUGUCCCAGGAAGACAUUCAACACGAUGGCACGGCUCACCCUAGCGUCUCGAGAUUCGAUCCCGUACACCGACCAGAUCCUCCGCCGGACGUGCUCCAGACAUUGGUCAAGCUGUACAUCGACCGAAUUGCAGACCAACCUCUGCCUCUCUUUGACGUCAAAAGAUUGCCUUCUCGUGCGCAGAAAUUCUCAAGAGGGCUUUUAAGAAGCUUUCUUGCCUUGACUGUCAGAUACUCGGACAGUGAUUUCUACAGCAACGGUCGAUUCCGCGCCGUAGACUUCUACAAGAAUUCGGCGUCAGAAUUGUUGUUUGCCCAGGCCGCAGAGCCCUCUGGCGACCUGGAGACUCUGAUGGCUUUCUGCCUGCUGUGCCUCAGCGAGAUUGCAGGCGUGGCUGUGCGAAUGGCCGUAUGCUCCAACACAAUGUUCAAUGCCGCCACGAGUACGACAGUCUCUGCAAACUCCGAGCUGUCCAGAUGUUGCUGGAGCCUGUUCAUACUUGACCGAAUGCACGGGAGCAGCUUUCGUUGUCUUCCGGCCAUUUCUACGGAAGAGGCUAUGCCUGAGAUGCCCCCGGUUGCAAAACGGCCUUCAUUAACUCUGCCAAACAGAUUCGCGGAGUUCGAGGGCGCGGAGGAGAAGGACGCCGGUAUCAACUCCUACGCUUUACAGUUAUUGUCUAUAUGGGGUCGCUUGAUGUCGUACCUCAAGACCAUCAAACAGGGCAAUCUUGAAGAGCCAUGGGCUGCCAACUCGGUGUAUCAACAGAUCAAGUCGGAGAUGUCUCGGUUCGAAACUGUGCUUCCGGAAGCCCACCGAUUCAAGAACAACAGAUUUCAUGACAGGACACCUUCGGAGCUGGAAGAGCAGCGUGCAUAUUGGAUCCCCGGUCGACCACGACUCCGCUCUCCGUCGUUCCUUCAACACGCAACUGACCAAGCGGUGCUGCACUCGGCCUGGGUUGUCCUUGUUCUAAGAUUAUGCGAGGAAAAGCACUUUACCAUUUUCGAUCCAUUUGUUGGUCACUUGGCCUCGAUGAUUACAACUGCGCAGUUCUUUUUGAAAUUCUCAAAGGACGAGUCGCUGGCAGCAAGGGCCUCGAAAGACUUCGAAAUGCUGAGAAGCUAUGUUGAGAAAAUGGCGAAUACCCACAGUCACCUGCUGCACACCGUUUCGAAGCUUUCUAGGCUUGCACAGUUCGCAACAUCACACGUCUAUGCGGCUUCGAAUAGUCCACCAAAGGUCGAGACUGCACUAUUGUGGGAUCUGCUCGACUAUGCAGUGUCAUCGUCACCCGUUGUCGACAGCGGCGACUCCUCCGACAAUGUGGAACUGAACGUGAAUACUCAGUUUCUAUCACCAAUCAACCCAGACACACCCUUACCGCGAACAGCCCUACAUAGCUCUCAAGAGCUUAGCUUGUCUGGGCCAACCAUGUGGAGUGAUGCAACGUUCGAAUUCGACAUGGCUGAUAUCUCGAACUUGCCUGACAUGUCCCCCUUGAUGACGCAAAGUGAGAUCUGGACUGGGGGUCACCUGUGA